AUGUCAUCUACCUCACUUUCGGUUGAUCUUGUUGCGACCUCGCUUGAAGGUUAUGUGGGAUUCGAUACCAUCACGCAGCAAAUUGAAAAGAAACUCUUGAAAAGAGGAUUCCACUUUAACGUUAUGGUCGUUGGCCAAUCUGGAUUGGGCAAGUCGACGUUGGUCAACACCAUCUUUGCCUCGCACUUGAUCGAAAGCAAGGCGCGUCUCGCCGCUGAUGAACCACCUCGUCAGACCACGGAGAUUCAAACCGUGUCGCAUUUGAUUGAGGAGAAUGGAGUGCGUCUGAGACUGAACAUUGUGGAUACCCCUGGCUAUGGAGAUCAAGUCAACAACGAAAAUUGCUGGGAACCCAUCAUUAAAUACAUCAAAGAUCAGCAUUCGGCCUAUUUGCGCAAAGAACUAACCGCCACCCGUGAUCGUUACAUUCAAGACAGCAGAGUUCACUGCUGCUUGUUCUUUAUUGGACCCACCGGACACGCGCUGAAGCCCAUCGACAUCGUGGUCCUCAAGAAACUGUCUGAAGUGGUGAAUGUCGUGCCUGUGAUCGCCAAGUCCGACUCACUGACCAUUGAAGAACGUCAAGCAUUCAAACAAAGAAUCAAGGCUGAAUUGGUUUUCCACAACAUCAAAUUGUAUCCUUACGAAAGCGAUGAAGAUGACGAGCAAGAACAGGCUCUCAAUGAAAGCAUUCGUGAGCUGGUUCCUUUUGCUAUUGUGGGAUCCGAAAGAAAUGUGGUGAUCGACGGUCGACCCGUCCGAGGACGAAAGAAUAGAUACGGCGUGAUUAAUGUCGAGGAUUCGGAGCAUUGCGAAUUUACGCAUUUGCGCAACUUUUUGACCCGCACACACCUCCAGGACCUGAUAGAAACGACGGCGCAAAUUCACUAUGAAGCUUUCCGUGCCAAGCAAUUGUUGGCCAUCAAGGAAUCGACCCACCCUGCUACAGCUCAAGUGUCGGCGGCCACCACGCCCAAUGGCACGUUGCCCAACAGUCCCAACACCAUGACCACUGCCAGCAUGGCAAGCCCACAAGCACUUGGCAGCCCUGCGCAAUCCACAAAGUAA